AUGGACACUCUUCUAACUGCAGAUGUUGCGGCCAAGUCGCUAAACUUCCGCCGACGGUCCAGUACCUACGUCGAUGCCAUUCACGAUCUACCAGAGAAGGAGUCCAUGGCUCCAGCUCAACUCUACUCUACGGAAUCUGGCCGACUCUUUCAUUCUGGUCGGAUCGUCAUUGCCACUGUGGGAUUGCCCGCUCGAGGCAAGACUCACACCAGCGUUGCACUCGCGCGGUACUUGAGAUGGCUUGGUGUGAAGACGCACAUCUUUCACCUGGGCGACUAUCGAAGAGCCUUUGUUGGUGCUAAGGGCGAGGUUCCGGACGACUACUUUCAUGUCAAUGCCAGCACGUCUUCAGUGCUACUCCGCAACAAGAUUCUCAAGAAGUGUAGAGAAGACAUCCUGAACUUCCUCAACCACGAGAACGGCCAGAUCGCUAUCUACGAUGCGGUCAAUCCUCUGGCUGGGGGACGCCGUGCACUUGCAAAGGAGUUCGAGAAGCACAACGUACAGACAAUGUUCAUUGAGAGCACCUGCACUGACGAGCGCAUAAUUGAGGAAAACGUCAGAUCCGUCAAGAUCAGCUCGCCGGACUACAUUGGCUGGACACCCGAGGAUGCCGUGCAAGAUUACCUUAAGCGCAUCAACGCACGGAUACCUCACUAUGAGACAGUUGAAGAAUCCGAUCUGCACUAUGUGAAGAUGAUCAAUGCCGGUGAGCGAGUGGUCGUCAACGCGUGUGCUUUCGGUUAUCUGUCUCAACGAAUCGUCUUCUACCUCCUGAACUUGCACAUCAAAAGCCGUCAGACCUACUUCUGUCGCGCCGGAACUACCAGAGACGAAGAGAACUACAAAGGUGAUGCAAGCUUGAGCGCCGAAGGUCAAGACUAUGCAAGAAAGAUGUCAGAAGCGCUGCUUGCGCAUCGCGAGUCUGAGCACCAGAAUCUUAUCAAACAAGGAGCGCCGGAGUCAUCAGCAUUGAAGCCCUUGACAAUCUGGACAUCGACGAGAAAGCGGACCGUUGAAACUGCAGCACACCUGGAGGCCAAAGGCUAUCGAGUACGACAGCGCAGCCAGAUGAGCCAGCUCAACCCAGGCGUUUGUGAGAAAUUGAGUGAGCGCCGUAUUCGAGAACUGUUUCCAGAUGAGGUUGCGAAACAUGAGCAAGAUCCAUACCAUCAUCGCUAUCCCAGAGCAGAGUCCUACCACGAUCUGGCUGUCCGCCUCGAGCCUAUCAUUCUCGAGCUCGAACGCGAACAAAACGACCUCCUCAUCAUCGCCCACGAGUCCGUCCUGAGAGUCCUCUACGGCUACUUGAUGGCCUGUUCCGCCCACGAUAUCCCCAACCUCGAAUUCCCCCGCGACGAAAUCAUCGAAAUCAUCCCAGCAUCCUACAACAACAGCGCAAAGAGAAUCCACAUCCCGGACCUUCCUUCACGACUCGUACCAGGCAGUCCAGAGGAUAUCAAGAUCCCCGUGCCUCCAUCUGGAACUAUCAGUCCGUUGAGCGGUAUGGGUACGCCAGCUGGGACUGGUACCGCAACGCCUGAGACGUCUGGUAGGGAGACUGGGCUGCUGCCAUUGCGUGGGAACAUCAGCACGAGGCCUUAG